CCGGGCUCUGCACCGUUGUCCCCGGGCUCUGCACCGCUGUCCCCGGCUCUGCACCGCUGUCCCCUCCUGGCUCCCGGGGCCAGUGCCUCCUCCGGCGGUGCUGCCGUGCGCCGCGGGCUGUUCUUCGCGCGUGUCCGCCGGUUUCGUUCCGCUCCGCUGAGGCGGCGCCGCGGCGCUGGAAGCGCGUCCCGCGGGUCCGUGAGGGUUCGGCCGCUCUGAGGGAGCCCGAGUGGGGAAGACCAAUUCCAGGAUGAAACGCGAAGCAUUUUUGCAAGUUGUGUCUAAAGAGUCAAUUGAAGACUUCCUGCAUUACACCCAGAAUCCUAAAAAUACAUUUGAUCAUUUUGACUUGAAUGAGCUACUUCAAGAAUUGCCAAGAAAGCAAAAAGAAGUGCUAUGGCAGAGACUGGCACAGCUAUUGACAGAGAGCUUGAUGGAGAACCCUGUGGAAACAUGGCACAGGACUGGAGAUGAUAAAGGUGAUGAUGACAUGGAAGUUGAGAUAGUUCCAGAAAUGAAACAAACUGUAGCAGUGAUCCAAGGAGUGGCAGCUGUCGUUAUUGCUUCCAUACCUGCAGUGGAUGAAAAUGUAAACUACAAAGCUCUCGCAGAAUGCGCUUUUAUACUGAACGGUAUUCUUCCUGCAUUACUUGCAUCUGAAAAAAUCCUACAGGAUGCCAUCCAACGUGUGUGUGAAAUGUGGUGGGAGAAGGGACUGGAGGGGAAGGAGCAGCUGGGGAAGACUCUGUUUGUCAUUCUGCUGAGGAAAAGCCUCAAUAAAGCUGCUACGGGUGCAGAUAUAAUUCGUGUAUGGAAUCUACAUCAGACAUUACUUUGUUUUGAUUAUGAUUCAGAUGAGAGUAAUGAAGUCAAAGACUUGUUGCUUCAGUGUUUUAUGAGUGUAAAACAUAUUAAGAAAGAAGAGGGAAGAAGACUCUUGAGUUUUUUGUUCAGCUGGAAUGUAAACUUCAUUAAAGUGAUACAUGGAACUGUUAAAAACCAAUUGCAGUUCUUUUCAAGAUCCUUGGUGGAAUACAUUUCAGAAGUUUACUUCAGGGCCUGGAAGAAGGUGUCAGGAGAAUUCAUAGAGGUACUUGAAUAUAACUGCAUUCAGGAUUUCAUGCAUCAUGGAAUUCAUCUUCCCAGAAGUUCUUCUGUUCAUCCUAAAGUUAGAGAGAUGCUGAGUUAUUUUCAUAAACAAAGUAAAGUCCGUCAAGGAGUUGAUGAAAUGCUCUAUAGAUUGUAUCAGCCCAUCCUCUGGAGAGCACUGAAGGCCAGAAACUCAGAAGUUCGAGCAAAUGCAGCAUUUUUGUUUGUUGAUGUUUUUCCUGUUCGUGAUCCCAGUUUUACUGCUGAAGAGAUGGACAGGGAAAUUCAGAAACAGUUUGAAGAACUUUUUAGUCUCUUAGAAGAUCCUCAUCCAGUUGUCCGCUCUACAGGGGUAUUUGGAGUUACUCGGAUCGUGUCCAAAUACUGGGAGAUGAUUCCUCCAACAAUUGCUACUGAUCUUUUAAAAAAGAUAACUGGAGAUCUGGCAUGUGAUGUAACAUCUGCUGAUGUUCGAUGUUCUGUUUUUAAAUGCAUACCAAUGAUUUUGGACAACAAACUAAGUCACCCACUCCUGGAACAGCUCCUGCCUGCAACCAAACACAGUCUUCAUGACAGUUCUGAGAAGGUGCGAGUGGCUUUUGUGGAAAUGCUGCUCAAAGUGAAGGCUACCAAGGCUGCCAAGUUCUGGAAUAUCUGUCCCAUGGAGCAUCUCCUGUCUCGCCUGGAAGCUGACUCUCGGCCGGUGUCGCGGCGCAUCGUGAACCUCCUGCUGAACUCCUUCUUCCCCAGUGCCCAGCCCGAGGAUGUGUGGAGUGAGCGCUGUGUCACUCUGAUCCAGAUGAACCCAGCAGCAGCCAGGAAGUUCUAUCAAUAUGCCCAUGAAUUCACUGCCCCCACCAAUAUAGCUAAAUUGAUGCUCACUAUUUGGCGCUGUUUGAAUGCCUGCAUCCAGAAAGCAAUGAAAAAUAAUCUUCAUGAUAGUGGGGAAGAUGAUGAUGAUGAUGAUGAUGAAGGUGGAAGUGAAAAGGAGAACAGAAGUGUGUUGGAUAAUGUGUUGUCAGUAAAUGAUGUGGCCAGCAUGGCAAGUUUGUUGGAGAUCACUGUAAUACUCUGGAGAAGCAUCCACAAAGUACUAGAUCAUAAUGAAGAUGCCAAAGAUUAUGCUAUCAGGAAGUUUGCUUCUGUGCUUCCUGAAUAUUUUAAAGUAUUUAAGGAUGAGCGGUGCAUGGCUCCACUGAUUAUUCUGGCAUCCUUUAUGCCCCCUGCUGCUAUUCCUACAUUCAGCUGUGGUGUGGUUUCCAGACUCAGAAAUAUUGACAGUGGAGCUGACCAAAACAAGUAUUCUAUGCUGAUCGACUGCCUGUGCCGCUGGGGUCAAGUGGGGCACAUUAUGGAAUUGGCCUGUGAUUGGCUGUCUGACUCACUCAGCCCAACAAAGAAUACUCAAACAUCUGGGCGUCGAGUACGUAUCCAUGUAACACAGGAAUCAAAGCCAGACUUGGCAAUUGAUUACAUUGAGUAUUUAUUGACUCAUCCUGUCAAUUGUGGUUGCCUCCUUUCUGUUCCUAAAAAUAAACUGAAGAAGCUUUUGAAAAUCCUCGGUGCUGCAAAGAGGGUUCUUGGCUCAAUUCUGAAAGGAACAGAUUCUGGUGCCUGGAAUCAAGCAACCAGCCUAAGAGCCUUCAGCCUCUUUUGCAGAUUGGCUAUUCAUUUUCAGCACAAGUAUUCUGAAGAAGGAGAAGAUCACCUUUCACUUCUGACGAAGACAGGUGCUUGGAUAGAAAGUGAAGUUGUACCUUUUAUCCUAGCAAGUGAUGAAGAGGAUGGUAUUUCAAAACGUAGUGAUGUUUCUCAAUUAAUUAUCCAGGCCUACCUGACAGUGUGUAAAGAUGUCAUAAUGGUGGGCCUGGGAAAUGUCACGUUUCAAGCACGCCUUUUAGAAAUGGCCCUUCAGAUUGUGCAAACAGAAAGAGGUGGCUUUUGUGCUCCAGUGUUGCUGUGUGUUCUAAAAGAAAUUAUUGAAGCUUCUUUAAAUCAGAAUACUGAGACAGAGGAAGUGACAAAUCUUUUCCACACUCUACAGAACGUCUUUCAGAAAAUUUUAGAAUGUAUGGCACAUGGACUUAAGAAAGAACAGGAAGCAGGAAUUCAGUUGAUUCACUCCAUUCAGAUGCCUCUUGGAGAAUUCAUCCAUGCACUGCAGUGCUGGCAUUCCACAUUCCCAGCAGUUCACCAGGGUAUACUCUCCACUCUCCUGGCUGCAAUAGUAGCAGAGAUAAAUUGUAUGCUACAGAAGGCUUCCAGUGAAAAAGACUUGACUAUGCCAAAGAGUAUUUCAGACCUUCCCCCUCUUUCAAGCAGUUUAAUGGCUGUAAUUAUGAAGUCAGUUAAUGUUGUCAGGUCAAUUUUAAAUGAAUUAAUGGAGUCCAUUCUCUCUGAAGAAAUCAAAGGGAUUCUUAGUCUAACAGCUACUGUCUGCAUUGUGAUUACAAUUAAAGGUAAGCACAAAACUUCACUUCUAAAGGAUAUUGCACCUGCCAUUCAAAGGAAGCUGGUAAUAUGCAAGGAUGCUGCCACAGGAGAAUCCACAGACACUGAAAGAUUCCUGUGUGAAUCAUCUCUGAAAAUUUUGGAUGAGCUUUUGAAUCCUUGAGCACGCAGAAGCUUUUGUCAUGAAAAUUGAGGGAAGGUGUAUUGCUUUGUAAAAAACUUACCUUGUAAACUUGUGAAUUGCUUAAAACUGUUUUCUCUUAUUCUGUACAUUUAAAGCAAGCAAAAUGUAUAAAAGUAUGUAUAAAAAUUAUGUAAUAGUAAAUAUUUUUCAACAGCUGCAAAAGGGUUGUUCUGUAUAAAAAUGUCUUUUUGGGGGAAGUGUAAAAUCAGUAUUUUUGUAUCUUUGUUUUUGUAAAACAAAUAAUAAUUAUAUCAUAGAUACUCUUGAGACUGAGGUCACACAUAACCUCAGGCCUUGGGAGGACUGGAGCAUAUUCCUAGGGGUUAUGGAAGUGAAUCUUACUUUGAGAUAUGUGAAGGUCAAAAUGGUGAUUGGGAAUAGCAUCAUGGCUUUACCAGGGGCAAACUGCUUAACCAGCCUGACUUCCCUCCCUUUUGUGGAAGAGAGGGCACAGCAUGUCCUGUUUCCUAUCCUUGGCAAAGACUUUUACACAGUCUUACACAGUGUCCUUACAGCCAAACUGGAGAGAGAGAGGAUGGAUGGAUAGACUUGGAAGAUGAGUGGAAAACUGGCUGGACCAUCAGAGUGGAGGAAUAAUCUGCGAAGGGAUGUUUUGGCAGCUGUGGCACUGCCAGGGCUGGUUGGUGGCAGGGUGAGCAGCAGCCUUGGACUGAUGGCAGAUGACAGCAGCUGGGAGCCACAGCUCCCAGCCACAGCAAGGGGCAUCUCCUGAUGUUCAGCAAAGACCUGGAGCUGAUGGACAAGUCCUGCACCACCCCCACAGGCACCUGCACGAGGGCAGCUUCUUGCUGCCUGCACCUGCCUGCAGGAGGGUAAAGGAAAGACUUUCCCCAGAGAUGGAUGGAGGAGAAUAUGAGGCUACAGGAGCAACUUGAGCAAGGGAAUUUCUUGUUGGACAUGAGAAACAAUCAUUAUGAGAGGAAAAUGGAACUGGAAGAGGUUGCUCGGAAAGCCUGUGGAAUACCCAUCCUUGGAGAUGUGCAGAACUUGGCUGACAAGGGGGGAGUAUUGAAUAUUCAGAUGAUUCAACACCUCAUACACUGCAGGGAGAUGUGUUAACUAUUAAACAUAGGCUUGAGUAAUGUAUAAUUUUUUUAUAUUUAACUAUUUUUUAAAAUUAUAGCUAUUUUGAUCAGUUAGUACUAAGGAUGCAGAUAUUGCAGGCAUCUAAGCCACUUAUUUAAUUUUCUUCAUGCAACCAGAUGCUCUCCCAGUGAUGCCUUAUGAAGGCUGACCUAGAAUAGGGGCUAGACAGUGUUAAAGGAAUAAAGUAGGUAUUUAUUAAAAGGUGUACUACACCUUGGGCAGCACAAGAGCCCAGCCAGGGCUACACCCAAGAUGAACCCAAAAUGGUCACAAAAUGGGUGACCAGUCACGGGAUCUCUCACUUUUAUCAGUUCUGGUCCAUUAGCACAUUGGAGUUAAUUGUCCAAUUACAGCUUUAGCCCACAAAGUCCCAUCCUUCUUCUCUCUUCAGUCCAUGUUGUUUAUCAGGGUCUUGGGCCUGAGAUUUGGAUCGGUUGUCCUUGGUCCCCAGCUAGAGAAUCCUCCCCCACAGUUUAUUGCUGAGCAUGGUGCCAGAUGGUGUGAGACAUCCCUUUGGCCACUGGGAUCCCCUGUCCCAGCUGUGUCCCCUCCACACUCCUGGUGCACUCCCAGCCUCCUUAGGGGUGGGGUGAGAAGCAGAGAGGCCAUGAUGCUGUGUAAGCCCUGCUCAGCAAUAGCUGAAACAUCUCUAUGUUACCAGCACUGUCUCCAGCACAAAUCUGAAAUCCAGCCCUAUGCCAGCUACUGUGAAGGAAUUUAUCUCAGCCAGAACCACAGCUCCUGAUGCUUUAGUUUUGUCUGGUUUAGGAGAUUUAACAGGAAUCUCCAGAAAACAAUUCAGCCACAGACCAAAGUUGCAUCCUCCAACUUAGACCUGGAGACUUGGACAUAAAGCUCUUGGUUAUGUACAGUUAAGUGAUUCUCAGGGUGGGCCUGUGCAAAUGGCUGUUGAGUCUCCAGUGUUACUGAGGGGCACUGACACUGAAGUUAACUAAUCUGGCCAAAUUAAUGCAGGCUCUUCAUUCUUGAUUAAGAUUUGUGCAAAGCUGUACCUCUCAUCUGCUGUGCUGGUUUUCUUUCCAUGGUAAAAGACUGUAAGGUUUUUUUAGUAUCUGCUGUCAGUGCAAACAUCAGACCCAUACUUCAGCUUGGUACAUAAACCUUCCCUACUGGAUAAAAGCUGUUUUAGCUGGAAUAGUGAUAUUUUAUUUUAUUCUUAAUAAACAACUGGUAAGCUUUGCAACAGGAUAGUUAGUGUGUACAUGGAUUCAUGAGUUCCAGAUGCACCUCAUCCACAACACUGGCCUGACCAAAGGAACUAAUGCUGCCCCAGCAGGUAGCUGCAAAUCUGCCAACUGUUUAUCUAUCAACAUCUUUAUAAAAACUGUGUUCUUUGGCCUUCAUUCUUCUACAUCUGUUAACAGGCAGGUGUUCCGGUAAUGACCUUUUAAAUCUUCUGAUUAUACAAAUUACUCAAUGAAUAUGUAAAUAAGUUUCCUUUUUCUGCUUCUCAGUCUCUCAGUAUUUGCUCAUAUCAUUUGAUUAAAAAAGAAUCCAAAUUUACUGCUUUGUUUUCCCUCAGUGUAUAAUUUUGUUUUAUUCAUGGAAUUCAUAGUACAGAUGCAAUAGUCCUGUGAGCUAGGAAAGAAAUAAAGGUCAUUCCAUCAACAUCAGAAAUACGGUGGAUUUUCUUUGAAGAACUCAGAGGUGAUUACUGCUAGGAAGGGUAAAAUAUUUAAAGAUAAACCUUUGUUUUCCUGGUGGCUGGUAGUCAAGUGGUUCUUAAGAGGGUUGAAAUAAUUUUCUGUUAGUCCUGCAGCUGGUGAACAUAUUUCAGCUCAAUUUCUAGUCCGGCUCUACUAAACUGCUCUGCCAUGAAAAAAGCAUUGUCUUUCUGCAAUAGAAGUAAUGGUGUUGGCAUUCCUUGAGUCAAGGUCUGUCAGGGCUUUCUCCUUAGGCCUUUGUGGCAAAUUUCACAGAAUAUCAGAGAAGUUCUGUGUUUCACUUGCUGUUCUCAUUGCAAACUUUAAUCUUGCAGAAAUUAAAUCUACUUUUUCCUUCUGUUUGGAAGAGACAAAUAAAUAGGCCAUUUCUUAAGCUGUUAUCUUUUGUCAACCUGUAAAACAGAUUUGUUUCAUCUUAUUAAUCAAAAGUGCUGUUGGGGAAGAGGUGAUUAUUCUUUGAGCAUGUUUGAAAACUUCUCUUAAUCUUGAGACAGACCCUUUGAGAUCUGUUCAGCUGUUUGAAGAAGUUGAACCUGACUGAUUAAUAAAAUUUCUUGAAAAAUGAACAAGAAAACACCAGUCUAUGAUACUCCUUUGGGCAACUGGCAGGUGCUGGUGAUGAAGAGCUGCCUGCAGAAGAAACGUUCUGGACACAUUUGUACCUGUGAGUGCCAUGUCUGGAGCUCUUCCCUUUGUGGAUAUGCAGUCAGGUCAAUGAGAAUGAAGAAAGCAAUAACUUUAAACUACUUUCACUAAUCAACAUUUUUUGUAAGGACUUGGGCUGUUUUUGUAAUGACAAUGUUAAUUUCCUUUGUUGUCUGGACAGGAAGCAAAGCCCUGCAUCUGCCAUCUGUCACAAGUUCAACUUGU